AUGGCCUCUCAAGCUCUAGGUUCGACACCUCGACCGUCUUUUUUGGACCGCGUUGGGAUCUGGACAUUCAGCGUCGUGAACAAAUUUGUCGCAUGGCACAAGCUCCCAGGGCUCAUUGGUACACUGCAGCUAUACCUUUUCCGUGUCGAACUACGCGAGCAAAACCUCUACGAUGGCUACGCUUCUACGUCCGAGCAGGGCAACGCCCAUGAUUUCCCGCUUCCGAAUGAUCGAUUUCUGCACGCGAGGAAUUCUGAUGGCACUUACAACUCACUGGAAAUGCCUCUAAUGGGCUGCUCCGGUAUUCGAUUUGGGCGCAACUUCUCAAGGAAGGAAACUGGAAAGCCGACUGAGCGGGACCUCUGGACUCCCAAUCCCCGCAUCGUGAGCGAACGGUUCAUGAAGAGGGACAAAUUCAUACCAGCAACUAGCCUGAACCUCUUGGCCGCUGCCUGGAUCCAGUUCCAGAUCCAUGAUUGGUUCAAUCAUGAGACCAGCGAGGAGUCUUUUGAGGUUCCUCUCCCAUAUGGUGACUCCUGGCCAGGCGGAGAGAUGAAACUACCACGAACAAAGCCAGACAAAAUUUUAGACCCGUCCGACUCCGAAUGCCCCGGCUACAAGAACGUCAAUACGGGCUGGUGGGACGGUUCUCAGAUCUAUGGAUCAAGUGAGAUCUUGACCAAGCAACUCCGUGACAACAGCCCAGACGGGAAGCUGGAACUGGACCAGAAGGGAGCCGUUGCCUUUCUUCCCCGCGACGGGAAUGGAAAUCCACUCACUGGGUUCCACGACAACUGCGCCGAUGGAUGCGGCUGGGCUGACUUUAUUCCUAGAGACCAGAUUUUCGACAAGGCGCGACUGAUCAACUGCGCCUUGAUGGCGAAAAUACACACAGUGGAGUGGACACCAGCGAUCCUGGCUCACCCUGCCUUAAAGAUCGCCAUGAACGCGAAUUGGUGGGGAUUGGCAGGAGAAACCUUGAACAAGCUAGUCGGUCGGAUAUCGAAGACGAGUGAGGCUGAUCCCUUCGUUGGGCCCAAGGCACUAUCCUUUGCCGACGCUUUCUAUUCAUUCGGAAUCAACUAUCCCGGUGCCAUCACGAACCACAAUUAUCCAGACUUCCUCCGCAACCUGACCACACCGGAUGGCAUCCCAACUCGCGACCUGGGCACCGUCGACAUCCUCCGCGACCGAGAGCGCGGAGUCCCGCGGUACAACCAGUUCCGUCGGCUCCUCCGGAUGCCAGCGCCCAAGACAUUCGAAGAGCUUGUCGGCGGCGUGAAAGGUUCAAGCCAAGCCGCCAAGGACCGGGCGGCGCUGGCGCGGGAUCUGGAGGACGUCUACGGCGGCGACAUCGAGGCGGUGGACGUCCUGGUCGGCAGCCACAGCGAGCCGCUGCCCAAGGGCUUCGGGUUCAGCGACACCGCGUUCCGGAUCUUCGUCUGCAUGGCUUCGCGGCGGCUGAAGAGCGAUCGCUUCAUCGCCACUCAGUGGAACGGCGAGACUUAUACGCCUGAGGGGCUCAAAUGGGUGCAGAACAGCACUAUGCGGGAUGUGUUGGUUAGGAACCUCCCUGAGUUGAAGGAUGCGUUGCCGCCAUCUGGUAGCAACAUGUUCGCUCCUUGGCCGAAAUUGUCGGCUUCGAAAAGCUACACUGGGAAGGAGACUAAUGCUCAAAGUUCUUGA